UUAGAUUUUUUUUUUUUUUACUGUAAAUUGAACUUUGUUUAUCUAACAAGAUGCGCGAAUGUAUUUCUGUACACGUCGGACAGGCUGGUGUUCAGAUUGGCAAUGCCUGUUGGGAAUUAUACUGUCUGGAGCAUGGCAUCCAACCGGACGGACAGAUGCCGUCCGACAAAACCAUAGGUGGUGGCGAUGACAGCUUCAACACGUUUUUCAGCGAGACUGGAGCUGGCAAGCACGUGCCUAGAGCCGUGUUUAUCGACCUCGAACCAACCGUAGUGGACGAGGUCAGAACUGGUACUUAUCGACAGCUGUUCCAUCCCGAACAAUUAAUUACCGGCAAAGAAGACGCGGCCAACAACUACGCCCGAGGCCACUACUCCAUCGGCAAAGAAAUCGUCGAUCUAGUGCUCGACCGAAUCAGAAAGCUCGCCGAUCAGUGUACCGGUCUGCAGGGUUUCCUAAUAUUUCAUUCGUUCGGUGGCGGCACCGGUUCUGGGUUCGCAUCGUUGCUCAUGGAGCGAUUGAGUGUGGACUAUGGAAAGAAGAGUAAGCUCGAGUUCGCCAUCUAUCCGGCACCCCAAGUGUCCACCGCGGUGGUAGAGCCGUACAAUUCCAUCCUGACCACGCACACUACACUGGAACAUUCAGACUGCGCCUUUAUGGUCGACAACGAAGCGAUUUACGACAUUUGCCGUCGGAACUUGGACAUCGAGCGACCGACGUACACUAAUCUGAACAGGCUGAUCGGGCAAAUCGUGUCUUCCAUAACGGCAUCGCUGAGAUUCGACGGCGCUCUGAAUGUUGACUUGACCGAAUUCCAGACCAAUCUGGUACCGUACCCGCGCAUCCACUUCCCGCUAGCUACGUACGCGCCAGUCAUUUCCGCUGAGAAAGCGUACCACGAACAACUAUCGGUAUCCGAAAUCACUAACGCGUGCUUCGAGCCCGCCAACCAAAUGGUCAAGUGUGACCCGCGCCACGGCAAGUAUAUGGCGUGCUGCAUGUUGUACCGCGGCGACGUGGUACCGAAAGACGUCAAUGCUGCCAUAGCCACGAUAAAAACCAAACGCACAAUUCAGUUUGUCGACUGGUGUCCCACCGGGUUCAAGGUGGGCAUCAACUAUCAGCCGCCAACUGUUGUACCGGGUGGCGAUUUGGCGAAGGUACAACGGGCGGUUUGCAUGUUGUCCAACACGACAGCCAUAGCGGAGGCGUGGGCCCGUCUCGACCACAAGUUUGACCUGAUGUACGCCAAACGCGCCUUCGUCCAUUGGUAUGUUGGUGAAGGUAUGGAAGAAGGCGAGUUCUCCGAAGCUAGGGAAGAUUUGGCGGCAUUAGAAAAAGAUUACGAAGAAGUCGGCAUGGAUUCGGUAGAGGGCGAAGGUGAAGGAGGGGAAGAAGCUUAACAAAUAUUAUUGUUGCUUGACAAAGUUCUCCUUAAAACUAUUAAUUAAUACACUACGAUAUUAUUAAAAUGUUUCAUGAUAUUUGAUCAUAAAUUAAUUAUG